AUGUCGUCGCCUGCUGCUAAAUUUCGUCAACUGCUCUCGGAGCCUGGUGUGAUCAUCGCACCUGGCGUAUAUGAUGGACUCAGUGCUCGUGCUGCAACGUCUAGUAAAGCUUUUAAAGCUCUUUAUAUGACGGGUGCUGGCACUGUGGCAUCCAGGUUGGGUGCUCCCGAUGUCGGGUUGGCCAGUUUGCCGGAUAUGGCCGCCAAUGCCUCGUUGAUUGCCAAUAUCGACAGGUCGGUGCCAUUGAUUGCGGAUGCUGAUACUGGUUACGGCAACUCUGCCAUGUGCGCACGAACUUUGUCUCUGUAUUCGCAAGCCGGGGUAGCUGCUUUACACGUUGAGGACCAGGUCCAUUCUAAGAGAUGUGGUCAUUUGUUGGGAAAACAGUUGGUCAGCGCAGAGGAGUUUGUUUCACGAAUCAAGGCUAUGGCUAUUGAACGCAAACGGAUUCAGUCCGACAUCGUUAUUAUUGCUCGUACUGACUCUUUACAAAGUCUGGGAGUUGACGAAGCAAUUGAAAGAUCGAAACAGGCUGUUGCAGUAGGUGCAGAUGUUAUCUUUGUAGAGGGAGUCGAAAAUUCUGAACAGGCAAAGAAAAUCGUCUCUGCUCUUAACCCUACACCUGUUCUAGUCAACAUCGUGCCAAAUGGGGUGACUCCAAACUGGUCUGAAGAGGAAAUUCAGGAAUUGGGAUUCAAGAUCGCAAUCUUCCCUGGAGUCACCUUGGGCCCAGCAUUUGCGGCUAUGUCUGCAUCACUAGAAGCUUUGGCUAAAACUAGGAAAGACCCUACUGGAGCUGCUGCUGUGGCUCAAAAGAGCUCUCCAAAGGAAUUCUUUCUAAGACUUGGGCUGGGCGAAAUUAUCGCCCUUGACAAGGCUGUUGGAGGAACUGCUUUCGAAGGUUCUAAUAUAUAA